AUGGACUUAUUAUCAUUUUGAAUAUUACUAACAUGCAAUAACACAACUAAAAACAUCACCAGAGGUUUUGUCAAUCUCUCUUCAGGUGUCGGUGUGGUUCAUGGUAUCGUUGACGGUAAGGUGUCCAGUCCACACAGCCGCCCAUACAUGGUCUACAUUCGUGACCCACAAACACCUUCAGAAGCAUGUGGUGGUUUUUUGGUAAGAGAAGAUUUUGUGUUGACGGCUGCCCACUGCAAAAAAGAUCACCUCAUGGUGUAUUUGGGUGUUGAUGACACAAAUGAUUUACCUGAGGGUAUAGAGGUCGAUGCCUUUCCACAUGAAAGUUUUGCAAACAAGCCAGGUUAUGACAUCAUGCUACUGAAGCUGAAAACCCCAGUAACUCUGAGCAAGACAGUGAAGACCAUUGCCCUGCCAGAAGCUAGAGCAAAAAGCUCAAGUAACUGCAUGGUCAUGGGUUGGGGCUGGGAGAAAUACGAGCACGCGUCUCCAUCAAGAGUCCUGAGAGAAGUAAACUCGACUCUUUUAGACUCUGAAAAUUGUGACAUACCUCACACUUUAUGCACUGAGGGAACAGCUGGACCAUCACAGGGGGACGAUGGGGGUCCACUUAUUUGUGGAAAUGUCGCACAGGGCAUCAUGUCUUACUUCAUACAGGUGGAGUCUACAACCUACCUUAGCAUUUAUACUCAAAUCUUUCACUACCUUCCAUGGAUUCGUGAAAUAAUGUAAACAACUCUUUAAAGCACACAAACCAAGUCAUGUUUGAUAUUAGAGCAUGUGUGUGAUUUAAGAAAGUUCAUUGAAUGUACUUGCUUGAAAUAAAGGCAAAUUCUU